CAGUGCUCAUUGCUGCCUUUUGUGGCCUUUGGGCAGAGCCUCCCAAAAAGCCCAGCACUCCACCGGCUCCUGUGUCCAUUGCUUGAUCCAAAGUGCAGGAGAGAUCCCACCUAAACAUUAGGAAGAACUUCCCAAUGGAUAACAACAGCAGCAGGCGUGAUGAUAUCUCCAUCUUUUACGUAGUCGUGUAAACUGUCCAGAUGUGCCAUAGGAGAAUCCGAUUGAGGACCUUUGAUGCUGCCUGCAUUCCAGCAUGGGCCAAACCAGCAUGCCUACCCUGAAAUUCCCCAAGACCACCGAACCUCUGUGGCAUAAAUGGGACAGGAAGGCUCAGAAAUGCGGCUUGCUGAGCACGGUUCACGCCGUCAACGGGGAUCAAUACACUGGAGAAUGGUGGGACAAUAUGAAACAUGGCAAAGGCAUACAAAAAUGGCAGAAGACUGGCGCGAUCUACAGCGGAGACUGGCAAUUCGGGAAACGCGAGGGCUAUGGGAUCUACGGCAUUCCUAACCCAUCCGGGGUGGGUUAUCGGAAAGUGUAUUCGGGUUGGUGGAAGAACGACAAAAUGCAUGGUUUUGGAGUUAAGUUUUUCUCGGAGACAGAGUAUUACGAAGGGGACUGGUAUGCCGGGAGGAGACAAGGCUGGGGACGGAUGUACUACAAGGACGGCUCCAUUUAUGAAGGCCAGUGGUUCGAGGAUGCGCCAAAUGGGACAGGAAUGCUACGCCAUAAAAAUGAAAAUCGAUAUGAAGGCAGCUGGAAAAACGGCAAGAAACACGGCCCGGGGAAGUUCAUCUACUUGGAGACAGGGCAGCUUUAUGAAGGUUUCUGGGUGGCCGGUGCUGCAAAGUGUGGAACCAUGAUUGAUUUUGGCCGGGAAGAAGCUCCCUUGCCAACUCGCUAUCCAAUCCCAAAGGUCGAACUGGCAGACACCGAAGGUGUGUUAGAUGAAGCAGUGCAUAAGUUAAAGAUGACUGAAGAAUACAUUUCUCACUCUCAGAAAAAAUGAUGGCAGUUUGUGACCAAUGAGAAGCCAUAGCCAACAGAGAGGCCUCCUUGAACUACUUCACUCCCAAAUAUAUACUUGGUACUGCUGAGUUUUUGGCCUAUCUUUCAUUCUCUCCUUCUGAUAGUUCAAGGUCCUUUUGGUUUCAUUUAGCAACUGAAGCCAAGAUAGAGAAAGGAGUGAGGACACAGCCGGUUUUCCCCAAUGUUAGAAGUGGAAGACGUUUCACAAUUCUUUGGUGGUUACUUACUUCAGAUCAUUGUUCCUAGAAGCAGCACCUGGAUUCUCAAGGAGAAGCAUUAGUCCAAUGGGCUUUCAGACCACAUGUCGUGUAGCAUGAAAACAAAUGUGCAUUUUACAAGAAGCGCUUUCAUGAAGAACAAGGCCAUUUCUUCGACAAGGAGAAUAUGCAGAAAUAGAAAAUUAAACCAGGCCUGAUCUCUCCCUCGAGAUGACUAAACUGAGGCUAUAAUACUUCGGCCAUAUCAUAAGAUGAUGUGAGUCACUAGAAAAGACACUAAUUCUUGGUAAGGCAGAAGGCAGUAGGAAAAGAAGACCAGAUUCCAAGAGAGACUCUAUCAAGGAAGCCACAACCCUGAGUCUGUAAGACCUAGGCAAGAUUCUUGAGGAUGGAGACUGAGAGGUCUCUCAUUCAUAGGGUCGCCAUAAGUCAAUGUCAAUUUGAUGGCCGGGUUGCUGAAGGUUUUUUCGGACUAUAUGGCCAUGUUCUAGAGGCAUUCUCGCCUGACAUUUCGCCUGCAUCUAUGGUAAGCAUCCUCAGAGGUAGUGAGGUCACAACAACCCAGUGAUUCCAGCCAUGAAAGCCUUCGACAAUACAAUUUGAUGGCAGUUAACAACAACAAACCCCCCCCCCCCCUUAAGUUAACAGUAUAUUAUGGGGGACAACUGCUUCAUGCUGAGCAGGGAACAUACAGCUAGGCCUCAGUUUACAUCAGAGUUGGGUUCAUGUAACUAGAGACAGAUGUACAUGGAGAGAACCAGUUCCAUGGAGAAUCAUUGCUCUGCUGUGGUGAAGGGCCUCCUUCAGUCACUUGAGGGGACGUUGGACCUAUCCAUGCCUUUGUUUCUUAUUUACCCCCUUGUGUAUAUUCAGUGUUUUGGCAAAUCCGGUAUGACUGGGUCCUGAGUAAGUCAACCCCCAAGACAUGUAUAGCAUCAUGGGGAACACCAAGCAUGAGAUCUUCCUCUGAAGUAAUUCAAGAGUAUGUCUGUUCUGAUUUGCCCAAGCAUUCAUGGGAUCUUUUGGGAUCUGGGUUAAUUAUAACUGAUGUGGAGUGUAGCUUGUAACCCACAGUGGAGUGUCAGUCAUACAAUACAGAAAUUGGAUGUUGUCAUGGAGAGAAUCUAAAACAGUUUGAAUAGAACGGAGAUCUACCUCCCCCACUUAAUUUAAGACUUCUUCAAAUAAGAAUCUUGAGUCAAAGGUUUAUGACUGAUACUUCAUUCUUCCUUGUACAUGUAGGAGAAAUUUGACAUUGAAAAAGAUAAAUCUUUGAAAGCCAAUGAUAUAUCUUCAUUUUUUAAAACAAGAACUUUUAUUCAGUUUUGUUAUAAUUCUAUGAAAAUGUUUAGAUAGAAACAAAUACUUUGAGGACAACAAGAAUUGUAACAAACAGAGAAGAUGAGCAGUAACGAUAGCUUGAUAACCAUAAAGCCCAAGAACCAUGAAGCCAUAAUAGCUGGGAUGUAAGUUCUAGGUACAUUUCAAAAGUCGUGUGCCAGUCAUCGUUUCAGUUGAAUUCGGGACUCCCUGUUUAGCGUUAGAAACCCACUGGGAGACUUUGGGCAAGUCCCAAAUAAUGGGAAAGGAAGGUGAUGAUGUAGAUCAGCCUGAGGCUGAUGGGUUCCCUGAUGAUUUAGAGGAUUGUGUGGAUUGCCUGGAGCUUGAAGCGAUGAAGUCAGGGGAAUGAUGUGUCUCUCUGUAAGAAAUCUGACUCGGAAAGUUCAGGGCUUCAAGGUCAGUCAGCAGAGCCAGAAACUGCAACAUUAGAUAAGGAGUCGGCCAAAGAGCUAAGUGAUACAGAAGGCUCUCAGGGGAAAAUGCCUGGAGCCACGGAGAUCAACAAAGGUCUUCUUUUACAGAUCAGAGCAGAAAAUAGGCAUUGUAGGUCAGAGCGACUGUAUGGGAAAGUUAGGGAGAGAGUCUGUGGGAAAUGGCAUGCCAUCACGGGUGCCUAUUAAUUAGCAAGUUGUUUACCUAAGGGUUAGU